AUGGACUACGGACUGCUUUCAGUCACAGAGUCGCAGUUUAGCAGUUACCGUAUAUCGGUUGAGGUGCCUAUGGUCACCAAUGGUGGUGAGAGACAAAUACCAUGGAUCUUCCAGAAGGUGAAUGAGAGUACAACGAUGCAAAUGAACCUCAUCAACAUGUCAAUGGCCAACUCGGUGGUCUAUCGCAAAAUGAAGCUGGUUGGAGAUGCACAGGAGCAAGAAAGCAAGAGCAAGGAAAAACCGAAGGCAGCGCUUGACAAGAAGAAAAUCUCUGAGGCAGUGAAGGGCGAGUUGAGUGAUAUUGGACUGGCUUCCAGACCAGUUGAGGUUGCCAUUGAUGCUGACAAUGCUGCUGGUGAGUUGGAGGAGAUUGACCCCAACAUGGAGGCUUCUCAUCCUCGUUAUCGUGAUCCUAAGUCUUUGAGCAAGAGGGACAAUCUGUCUGGACAGAAAGGAGCUGUGAAGGCCAAGCUUUUCCAGGGCUAUCAUCCAGACGAGCAGAAGGUAUACACGUCUUUUGUCACGGCAAUUGAUGGCAGUGGUGAGACGCGGGAGAAGACUGCUCUUGAUGAUGCGGUUGGCGCAUUGCAGUUCAUUCUUGACCUGUGUGCUGUCAGCAAGCAGGCAGCAGCUGAGCGUCCAAAGAAAAGGGCCAGGAAGGAUGUGCCAUCUUCUACUCCUGCAUCAGCCAAUGAGAAGGCAGAGGAACUCAUGCUCAACAGCUUCCAGUUUUGCCUUGGGAUUUGGAUGGAAUUCUGCUUCCAGGGUGAAGUCACGGCUAUGGGGAAACUAUUCCGAGUGUGGAGUGGUCUUCGAACUGAGCUGCAGCAAAUUCUCAAGACUUCUCAUGACGAGUUCCUCACCCCAACAGAAGAUGGGCGAACAGUGCGAGCGGAGAUGGAUCCUUUGGUUUUUGCAAAACAUCUUUGCCAAACAUUUGCUUCCAAACCAGUCAGCGAAGUUGUGAUGGAUGAUGCUGAAGAAGCAAACAUCAAGCGGGUCACAACUGUCAUGGCACUACACCAGUCAGACAUCGUGGAGCCCCUGAAGAAGUUCAUGGCAGAGAAAAUGCAUUUGCCUCUCAUUCUGCUAGACUACCCACUGGUAACCAUGAGGCAAUUGUCCACCACCAUUAACGUGGGCUCUUUCAGGAAGAUUGUCGACUUGAUGGCGUUCUUGCAUUCAAACCUCCAGAACUGCCUCCCUUUCAGCUGGUUUUGCUUCGCACAGGAUGUCAGCGACCUGCUGACAGCAAAGGGGCACUUUGUGGAGAAUACUGAGAAGGUCUUCAUCUCAGCAGAGAACUUGGAGAAGUUUCUAUCACUGAGGGUCCGCUGCACUUCAAUGAUCUUGUCACAAGCGGUGAAGAAUGUGGCUGAGUUAUCUAUGCCUGAAGAGCGCCCUGAGUGCAUUGAAGUCAUGUCAAACCUGGAGUCACUUUCAGAAGAUGACCCCGCAUUCAUAGCACUUGUCACCUGCGAUGUCCUGCUUAGCUCAGCAGAUUGGACUACAACCUGGGCAGCAGCGUUGUCUGAAGCAAGCUCUGUAGAGACUCUGGCUGACAAGUUGCUUAACAAGUUGGGCUUGGACAAAGAGACUAUCCAGUGUCAAGCCAACAAGCUGGUCAAGGGCAAACCGAUGGACUCAGCUGGUGGCGCGAAGCAUGAAUCGACUUCAGCCCCAAAGACAGAAACCGGAGACAAACCCGAGGACGGGGACCAUGGUGACAAUGGCAGUAUCAUCACUUUGCUUUCAACCAAU